AUGGAUUGGUUCUCAGAGAACUCCAACAUGAUGGGCGUUGUGGCGACCGACAUUCUACCUGUCCAAGACUGGUCCAUCAAGGACAAGGACAAGGGCCUGCGUCAGACGCAGAGCGCCAACACCUCACCCCUCUUGGCCCGCCGUCGCCAUCUUCGCGAUCAAGAAAAUCGCAGUGCUGACCAGGAAAAUGCAAGUUUUGCUCCUCAUCAUCGUGUGCCAAAGUUGCAUGAUCGUGCACCCUCGCCAGCUUUAUCACUCCGUCAGCUCGAUUUUGACGAGGCCCCAAACAUUCGCGAAAAGGCCGUCGUUAAGGUCGAAGCCAAGCGCACUCGUGAUCUCACCAAGCAACUUGAGGCUACGCAGGCCAAGCUCCGCGAUACAGAAACUCAGCGGCAGACGGCCAUCGAACAAGUGUCAACGCUCCAGACGCAGAUGCUGCGCCUCAAGGCACAACUCGAUGAUCUCACCGCCACUUCCAAACACACGCAACAGGUGGUGGACCGGAACAAUUUUUUUGUUCGAGCAUCAUCAGAUCACUGGCGAACCGUCGCCCUUCGCUUCGAGAAGCAACUGGAGCAAUCCCAGGAUGAGCGGGUCAAGCUUCUUACCCAGAUCGAAGAGCUGCGCGCCAAGGUCAAGCGGUACCGACUGGAUCGCGGCGACUCGGAACAGCUGGUGAAGGAAUUGAACGACAAGCUUGUUGUCCUACUCGGGCAACGCAAAAAUUUGCAGGCCCAGUGCAACAACCUGCAAUCGCAAGUGCUGCACGUUCUGGCCGAACUCCAGCGCAAGCAGCAGUCAUCGCGACCUCCUUCCUAUGGUGCUCUGGAGGACACACAUGCGCCCAACGUGGUCCGCUGUGUGGCGACCACGCAAACUGAGCCUCCUGCCGCCCACUCUGGCAAUGCUGCCUCUGCGGCCGUGACCAUCAACGCUGACCUCCAUCGCAAGCUUAUCGAAGCCCAGAACAUGGUCAAGAUGCUUUCUGCCGAGCAACGCAAGACAGAGGCUGAGCUCGUGCAGGCAUGCCACGACACGACGACAGCACAAGAACAGGCCAAGGCGGCACACAGCGAGUUGCAGCUUCAUUCGGAUGCGCUCAUGGCUCUGCUGUCUGAGGAGCGAGCUCGGUGUGAUCUCUUGCGUAAACAACUAGGAGCCGAGCACGAGGCCACUCGUCAGCACCUCGAGGCCCGGAACCGUGCCCUGACCCAAGCUCGCGAGGCUACAGCUGCCAGCAUUGGCUGCCAAGAAGAAGCGGAUGAGCUGCGCAACCGACUCAAUUGCAUACUCAGUGACCACCAAAAUCUGCAGCGCCUCAUGUUGCCCUACCUGCAGUUGGCGUUGGAGCAUGGCCUGAUUGAGCAGGAGUCGCGCAGUCUAGCCUCGCACUUGCUCGCGCAGGGCCAACAGGACAGUAACCAGGUCGAACAUCUCAAGCUUGAACGGCACGUCUUGCGGCAAACGUUUGACGUUGUGCGGCGUUGUGCGGCGUUGUGCGGCGUUGUGCGGCGUUGUGCGGCGCUGCUCUACUCUUGCUUUGCUUUUCCCCUGUGCAGCUCGACGGUCAACGCCAUGCAUGUUAUUCUUAUUCUAUGCAGUUUUGGUUCCAUACACCAAAGCUGCCUGUUUUUUUGCUUGUUGGAAUGA